CAGGCAGGGGGUCCUUGUCCCCUCCUGGGUUUUGGGGCAGGCGCCCAGAGCAGAGCAGGGCUGCGGGCAUGGCACCCCAGGGUGCCCCGGCAUGUGUCCCUCCGCAGCCAGGGCUGCAGGCAAUCAUGGCUGCUCUUGCUGCAGGUGUCCCCACCAUGAGUGACUUGUCCUUCCCGUCGCAGGGUCGUGGAGCUUGUCUGACCCAGCCAGGCACACCCGAGCUGGGGGGAUUGGGUUGCCAGCUAUAAAUACCCUGUCCUGGUUGCGGCAUGGAGCCAUCAGCAGUGCCUGAGCUGGAGGAUGGUGCUGCUGCAGGACAGUGAAAUCCAACCGGCAACGAGUAUAGCUCCCUGCGAGUACGAGGGAAAGCAGUUCUCCCUCGGGGAGUCAUGGCUGAGCGCCAACUGCCUGCUCUGCACCUGCCUGCACCCCAUUGGCGUGGGCUGCUGUGAGACCACCCAGCACCCCAUCGACUUCCCUGACUGGUGUGAGGCCCACUACGACUUGCAGACCUGCCAGAUCUCAGUGGUGCAGAAGGCCAACCCCAGCCUGCCCUGCGUGAAGAGCAUGGAGCAUGAGUGGGGCUCGGCUGGCACCCCUGAGCCGCUGAGCAACAAGGUGCUGGGUGCAGGGCUGAGCAGAUAAAGGCUUGGCAGCACCCUGUGCUCCCCAGCAUCAUCCUCCCUCCUCCAGAGCACACCUCCCGCAUGCUCCAGACCUGCCCCAGCCCAUAGAGAUGUCACUGCCGCCACCUUCGAGGGAAACCACUAUCCACACCAAUGUGUUCAUAUUUACACCGUAGCGCUGCCACGGUACAUAUGGCUUUGCUUCUGCCUUCAGCUUCCUGAAUUGAACGGGGGGCCCCUCCCUGAGAGAUGUCCUGCACACAGUGGGCAUGCAGAUCCUCUGGGAUCUCCUCCCAGGUGGGUAGGAAGCCUCCAGCUACUAAAGAAAGGGCUACGGAGGAAUCAUCUGCAUCACUACAGUCUUGUAGUCCUGCAUCCAGCCCCAAGCUAAGCAGCUCCUCCUUCCCUCCCAGACCCCUGUCCCCCUGCAUGGCAGCCCCUGGGAGCUCGCUGGGGAUCACCGUGGCCCUUCCUGCAGGAGCCAGGUGCCGCAGCCAGCCUCUUCUCUGCCCCGGAGCACAAGGGGCACAACACACCUUUGGAACCACUAAUGCCCCUGUUCCUGCAGCUCCCAGUGCCAGAGUGGGUCCCUGGCACUGCAAGCCAGCCCUGGGCAACACUGCAACGGAGCCAGCCUGGGGUGGGCAGCAGAGCAGGGGGAACCACUAGAGAUGUCCCCAGGGGAGGUCCCCCCCCGGCCCCAAGCUGCAGGGGAGUAGGGCAGGGAGCUGGGCAUCCUACAUGGGUUCAGGGAGCUGAAGCGAUCCGCAUGUGCCAGGGCGGAGCUGGCUGCCCUGGCAGCCUGCCCCAGCUGGUGCCAUGCCUGUGCUGUGCAGA